CAAAGCCUUCAAAUCAUGUCUUUUGAAUUGUUUCAAUUGAUUGAGCAGGUUCUUCACAAUAUUGCAAUUGCAGAGUACUUCAAAAAUGCUUGCUCUAAUUCCAAGAAACUACUCGAAGAUCUUAACACUGUCAAGAAACAGAGUGAAGAAUUUGCAAAAGAACCACUGGAAGCUGUAAACCCUGGAUCUAACGUCUCUGUGUCCAAGCAUCAGUUUGAUAGUACUAUAACAACUCUCAACAUUGCAGUUACCUGGUUUCAUCUGCAUCAGUAUGCAAAAUGUUUAUCCAUUCUAGAUCCUCUGUUUCUAAAUAUUGAGCCGCUAGACGAGACUAUUGCACUUCAAAUCUGCUUCUUGAUGCUGGAUAGUGCGCUGGCUUGUCAUGAUGCUGUCAAAUUUUUGGAGGUGUUUGGCCAUCUGGACAAAUCUUUUGGUGUUGGUUUUGGAACUCAUGAGGAAAUUGGAAGCACAAUGCAACUUUCUUCAAAUCAGGUGUCAAAAACAUCUUCUCUCCUGAGCAGCUCGGCGGCCUCAGAUGCUUUGAAGUCUGAUUUAGCAGCUGCUGAAAGUGGUUUGUGUGAGGAAGGUCUAGAGUAUGACAAUGUUCUAGCGGAAAUUGAGGCCGAGAAACGAAUGAAGCCAGUUGGCCAUAUUCCAGCAAACAAUCUUCUCAAGACAAUAGGAGAAAGGUCCAUCUUGACUGUUGAUGUGAAGCUUGAGUUGCAGCUUUACAAGGUCCGGUUCUUACUUCUUACGAGAAACGUAAAACUGGCUAAGCGUGAAGUUAAACAUGCGAUGAACAUUGCUCAAAAAAGGGACUCCUCUAUGGCUCUCCUCUUGAAAUCUCAGCUUGAGUAUGCUCAUGGGAAUCAUCGAAAGGCUAUAAAGCUUUUGUUGGUCUCCGGUAUUCAAAAAGAAUUGAGGACUUCAGGAAUCUUCAACAACAACCUUGGUUGCAUAUACUAUCAGCUUGGAAAGUAUCAAGCCGCCUCUGUGUUAUUUUCGAAAGCUCUAAGGAAUUGUUCAUCACUAAGAAAGGAUAAUCCGGUGAAGUUGUUUUCUCUCUCACAGGAUAAGUCUCUGUUGAUCACUUACAACUGCGGUGUGCUUUAUUUAGCUUGUGGAAAGCCUCUACUUGCUGCUCAAUGCUUCCAGAAGGCAAGCCUAGUUUUCUGCAGACAGCCCCUCCUCUGGCUCCGUAUAGCUGAAUGCUGUAUACUGGCUUUACAAAAGGGUCUUUUGGAAGAGGGAAACACUUCUUCGGAUAGAUCAGAAAUCAGAGUCCAUGUGAUUGGGAAAGGGAAGUGGAGACAACUUAUGAUGGAAGAGAAUGGAUUCGUGGAACUUGGUGGAAGUGCCCAAUGGCCAAAGCUUUCAUUGCCACUAGCACGGGUGUGUCUCUCGAAUAGCAUGUACUUGCUCAAUGUGUCUCUCAUGAAUGACUACUCUAAAUCAGAUCUUGAGUCACCACUAUCCGUGAUGAUAAAUGAGACCAAGGAGGCAUCAUGGUCUGAUCAUGGGGAUGCUGAUACCAACUCAGAAUUGAAGGAGGCAAAAGGAGGAAUGAACCAGGACAUAAUUCAAAACUCCCUCUCCGCUUACAAGGAUAUCCGUAGAAGAGAGAAUCAUUUGCUCAAACAGGCUCUUCUUGCCAAUAUGGCUUACGUUGAAUUGGAGUUGGAGAAUCCUAUCAAAGCCUUGUCUGCUGCUAAUUCACUCCUGCAACUUCCAGAUUGUUCAAAGAUAUAUGUUUUCUUAGGCCAUAUUUACGCAGCGGAGGCUCUCUGCUUGCUCAACAGACCCGGUGAA